AUGGCAGAGGAGUACAACAAAAACCAAGAUCGUGAGUAUGAAGGGAAGGUUGGUGAAUAUGAGGAGGGAUCAGGCGCGCGCGCAGCUGAAUGUGGUGAGAUCAAGGAUCGGGGCUUGUUUGAUUUCCUGGGGAAGAAAGAGGCGGAGAAGCCUCAGGAGGAGGUGAUCGUCACUGAGUUUGAGAAGGUCAAAGUGUCUGAUCACGAGGCACCUCAUCCUCAUCAUCAUGAACCAGAGUCAUACAAAGUAGAACAAGCGGAGGAUAAGGAGAAGAAGCACUGUAGUCUUUUGGAGAAGCUUCACCGAUCCGACAGCAGCUCUAGCUCUUCGAGCGAUGAAGAGGAAGGUGAAGGAGAAGAGAAAAAGAAGAAGAAGAAAGAAAAGAAGGGAUUGAAGGAGAAGAUCCCCGGUGAUCAUGAUCAGAAGGUGGAGGACACAUCCGUCCCAGUGGAGAAGAUCUACGAGGAGCCAACUCAUGAAGAAAAGAAAGAGGAAGAGAAGAAGGGUUUCCUUGAGAAAAUAAAGGAAAAGAUACCAGGGCAGCAGAAGAAAGAAGAGAUUCCAGCUUCGUAUGAUGAUCAGCAGUGUCAUGAUCAGCAUGCUGACCCUGCAGCAGUAGGUUGCGAGCCCAAGGAGAAGAAGGGUAUCUUGGAGAAGAUCAAGGAAAAGAUUCCUGGUUACCACCCUAAGACGGAGGAAGAAAAGGAGGCCAUCAAGGAGAAGGAGAAGGAAAAGGAAACGUCUUCCUAUUAA